AGUACCGCAAUGCUUGUCUUUAUUUUCUGUUCUCUUGUUUUGUACCGCUCGAACUAUUUCGGUUGACUAAUGCAGUUCAACGACAGAUCCUAAUCGCCCGCUUUAGGUUCCUCCCGUCAUCCUCGUCGAAGAGCCUUGCCGAUUCACAACAAUUGAUGCAUUGCGUCGACACCAAUUCCCCAUAUACCUACGAGCGGAUGCGACGGUGAACGGGAUUGACACAUGUGUCGCGUAUAUAUACAAAUCACUUCGCAAACAUAGACUUAUCCAGCCAUGGGUUGCAUGAGCUCCAAAGUCGAGGUGGAGGACAAGGAGGCCGCCAGAGUCAACGCCGGUAUUGAGAAACAGAUCCGCAAUGACAAAAAGACAUAUGACCGAACGGUCAAGAUCCUCCUAUUAGGAGCUGGAGAGUCGGGCAAGUCCACCAUCAUCAAACAAAUGCGUAUCAUCCACUCGGGCGGAUUCCCGGAAGACGAACGCCGGCAGAAUCGUGCGGUUAUAUACUCGAAUUUGGUGGUGGCAUUCAAAGUGUUGAUGGAGAUUAUGCAAACACAGAAGAUUGAUUUUGAAAAGGAAAGCAAUCAGUCUUUAGGAGAUAUUCUCGCCAAAACCGAAGCCGAUGUUGACACCGAUGAAGCAUUUUCCGAUUUGAGUAUUAAAGAGGCGAUGGUACAAUUAUGGAAUGAUCAAGGGGUUCAGCAGGCAGUUGCCCGAGGGCAUGAAUUUGCGCUUCACGAUAAUUUGCAUUAUUUCUUCAACUCGAUCGAUCGUCUAUUCACACCCGGCUGGUUACCCGACAACCAAGACAUGCUUCAUUCUCGACUUCGCACAACUGGUAUCACAGAAACAUUAUUCGAAUUAGGACAGCUUAACUUUCGCAUGAUGGACGUGGGAGGACAACGGUCCGAACGAAAGAAGUGGAUUCACUGCUUCGAAGGUGUGCAAUGUCUUCUUUUCAUGGUUGCGCUAUCUGGAUACGAUCAGUCUCUACUCGAAGAUCAGAACGCGAAUCAAAUGCACGAAGCAAUGAUGCUCUUUGAAUCUCUCGCAAACGGCGAAUGGUUCAAACGCAAACCCAUCAUGCUCUUUUUGAAUAAAAUGGAUCUCUUCAAAACCAAACUCCCCUUAUCACCCAUCAACAAACAUUUCCCGGACUACAGCGGCUCGCCAACAGAUUUCGACACGGCUGCAAAAUAUUUCGCCGAUCGGUUCCGCAGUAUUAAUCGCAUGCCUGAUCGUGAGAUUUAUAUUCAUUAUACCAAUGCGACGGAUACGACGUUGUUGAAAGCCACGAUGGAUUCGGUGCAGGAUAUGAUUAUUCAGAAGAAUUUGCAUACGCUAAUCUUAUGACGGUGAACGAAGCCCCAGGAGUUGUCUGCACCUGUGGGCUUCGCUAUCUGUCUUCUCAAUGUUCACGUGCGCCGAAUUCCUCACUAUAUUCACAUCGACAUCGAUCGACACGCUCUCCUUGACUUCUUUCAUUGUGUUGUGAGCUCUAAGAUACCUUGUCAUGAUUCCACGCCUCUCCUAUGCUCCAUACCAGCAUGCGACUCGACUCGACUCUCAUUGUCACGCUUCUCCUUAUCUUUGACAUUCUCUUCAUGCAGGUCCAGGCGUCUUUCAUUCUUUUCUGCUCUUCUAGCCCAUUGUAUAUUUAAUCAGCAACCUGCAUGCUUUUUGACUUUGUAACAUGUAGGAUGAUGGGUUCGUUCUGAAUCCAGAGGUUAUCGCAAGACACAUCAAUUUAUAUAACUAGGUAUAUGUAGGAUGACAGUCAAAGUCAUUUAAAUAUGGAAUAUAAAUCAAUAAAUAUCGCCUGAUCUCUGUCAU